GUUUGUUCAAACAAGCCAGCUUAACUUAUAUUGGUGCCACUAUAAUAUGAAUAAAUCCAAUAAUAGCCAUUGAGAACUCAAAGACCUACAUGUGUACAUGUACCGGUGUAUAACAGAAGUGAGAGAACAAACGAGAAUAUUGCAGUUUUGGGGCAAAAGAAACAGAAAAGGCAAAAUGGCUACUGAAGAUAACAGGUCAUUGGCUGAAAAGUACAAAGAACUCUAUAACAAGAAAGACAAGUUCCAAAUCACUCAAAAAGAAAUAAACCAAAUCUUGCCUACGUGGUUGGUCCUAACAAUGAUAGGUGCGUGUUAUUAUGGACAACGUUAUAUCACUCCAGCAGUGCAUUCAAGCUUUGAGGUGCCAUUGAUUAUCGAAAUGGGCCUAUAUGGAAUGAUGUAUGGGAUAUUUGGAGAGAUGAUCGUCAAUUUGUGGUUUAUACGAUCAGUCAAAAGCACAUUUGCGAAAGAGGAAGAAGAAAUAGAGAGAGCGCCUACUCCUGAACCAGUGGAAGAGAUGGAUCGAGCUGCGGAAGUACCUUAUAAAGCUCCAGUGAAUCCUGAAGAAAAUACUGAUGAAAAUGAAAAUAAAGAAUCAAUGGUAUGGAUGCGUUACCGUGGUAACGGACAGAUCUAUGCAGUAACAAUGAAAGAGAAUGAGUCAAAAGAUAGUAUGGAUCCUGCGAGGACUGUGAUGUAUCCUUACUGGUCAUGGAAGCCAUGUUUAAUAUGCCAGCAUAGCAGACCCCCUAGGACACAUCACUGCCCAAUAUGUAAUGAAUGCAUGCUAAGACGUGACUACCAUUGCUUCUUCACUGGCAGAUGCAUAGGAAUGAAUAAUCAACGUCACUUUAUCGUCUUCUCAUUUUGGUCAGUCAUUGGCACCACCUGUAGUCUGAUCUACUCUGGUCUCUACGUUUACGUCGCAAUUUAUGAUCUUGGAAUUCUUGAGUGGUACGACAUCUUCCUCCCACAGACAUUCAUUGAUUGGCUAUUCGGCAACACAGAGUUCUAUAAUGUUGUCAUUUUCUUUCUCAUUUACUCAGUAUUCUUUUUCUGGCUGGCGUGCAUCAGGUUCAGUCGGGAGCAAUUUAGAUCAAUAAGAGCUGGAAUGACUUCAUUUGAGAUGGAAAAUAAGAUUAAAAUUCAGAAUACAAACUCGUUCCUAGAGGAAUUGGUGUCCAUCUUUGGCCCAUAUUGGUACGCUAACUUCCUGUUCCCAAUGCAUCUGCAGUUUCCAUUGGAAGGGAAUGGGAAGGAUUGGCCAAAUAUCAAACAAUGAUUUGAAUGAACACAGGAAAGUACAAAACACAAUGAAAGUAACA